AUGUCCAAUAAUACAACCUCUUUAGAUACAUCAUCUGAUACACCUCAGCUAUUUAAUAAUGACUGUGUUCUACCUGAAAACUGGACCACGGCACCAUUUGCUUACGGGGAAGUUGACAUGUACUAUUUGUCUGUGAAAUAUCAAAUAUGUAUAGCGCUUUCUGACAAGACUGUUAAUUUAAAAACUCUUGGGGCUGUAGAACCAGUACAUAUAUAUUACAACUACGUCAGUGUAAUUGAUCAGCAUGACACAAGAAAACCAUUCAGAAAAUACCGGAAAGAACUUGGAGACGUGUUUACUUUGUAUUUCGGUGGAAGGCUGACAAUUGUUGUGUCGGGAUUUGAGACGUUAAAAGAAGCCUUUCUUAAAAAUGGAGACUUGUUCGCCGACAGACCAAGCCUUUAUAUGUCCGACAUUGCUACGAGAAAACGAGUGGAAGAGUUAUGGGGAAUGAUUUCAGACUUGUUUGUUGCUGGUUCACAUACAACAGCUGCAGCAAUAAGAUGGGCAAUAAUUUGUCUCGUGCAGUUUCCCGAAAUACAAGAGAAAGUACAUAAUAACAUAUCUUCUAGCUUAGGAGAUCAGAAACUGCCAUCUACCGUGGACAAAACAUCACUGGGAUACCUUGAAGCUUUCUAUUUAGAAAGACUUAGGUAA